UUAGAUUGCUCUUUGAAUUGCUGUUAGGGCUUUGGGUUGAUCAGCUCAAUUUCUUGGCCUUAUGCUUAUGCACCCCAAAAGAAAAAAAAAAACCCAAGAAAAUGAAAUGGAAGGAGUCAUUUGGAUUUAGGCCGAAACAAAUGAAAAAGGAUCCAAGAUCCAACCCCAUCCAUUUGAUGACCAAGAGCUCAGUAGAAUCACUUGUAUACAUCACAGCCCAAAAAACUAUUUUUGCAUCGCUUCAGUUGAUCACUUGAUUGUAGUUGUUUACUUGUUGCCUCUCUCUUAUUGACCAAGUAAAUAAAUAAACCAGGAAACAGAAGAAAAAAAAGGGGAGAGAGGGGGAGGGAAAGAAAUGGAAGAAGAGGGAGUAGGGUUAGCAUUAGCAAGGGCUACCGAGCUUAGAUUGAAAAUCAGCAACAACAUCCAAAAUGCCACCGCCGGCAAGCCUGUUUUUCCAGACAAACUAAGCCCACAAAAAGAAGAAGAGGAACAAACUGAUAAAAAGGGUAGCUUUAAUGGAGACAAAAUCCCUAAUUCUCUUCAAAGUCUCAGUGAAGCCGUUGAAGAAGAAGAAGAAGAAGAUGAUCAUGAUCAUGAUGGAGAAACUGAGAGGUUAUUGAAUAUUCGAGAUGCCUUUGAAUCCCUUGAAUCCCAGCUCGUUGCUUUACAGGAUCUGCGACAUCAGCAACAGUAUGAAAAGGAAGUUGCCCUUGGUGAGGUUGAUUAUAGCCGGAGAAUGCUCUUGGAGAAGCUCAAAGAAUAUAAAGGGAAAGACUUGGAAGUGAUUCUCGAGGCUUCUGCUUUUGUUAGUAAAACAGUGGAGAACAACAAUGAUCUCCUCCUUCCCCCAUAUCCUAGUUGUCCCCCACAAUCUUUGCUUUUGGAUAGUGGCUAUUUGUCACACUUACAGUUGACACACAAGUCUUUGCCAAAUGGGGUUACCAAUGGUGACCCAACAAAUGAAGCAAAGAAGAACCUGAACGAACAUGAGGAGAAUAAAAGGCUAGAGGAAUCCCAAAACUCAACAAAAGGAUUGGGCUACUUCAUAAGUUCUGCAGUCAAGACUGUGCUUCCCCUUGUGGGUGUAAUAUACAUAUUAAGCUUGUCUAAUCUUGUGCCAAACCUUGGGAAAAGUACCUCUCUCAAGAUUUUGCGCAUGCCUCAGCAACGUGCAACUGAAGAAAAGAAUUCGACUGUUCCAUGUCCACCUGGGAAAGUCCUGGUGAUGGAGGGUGUAGAAGCUCGAUGCUUGGUGAAAGAGAGGAUUGAAGUACCAUUUGAGUCGAUUGUUGCCAAGCCAGAUGUAAAUUAUGGGUGCGGUUAAUUUGAUAUUGCUCCCCAAUGUGUGUAUAACUCUACUUUUAUUGCUAUGUAGGUGUAAUAAAGUUCUAUUUUCGGCAGCUUUUGAUUUUUGUGAUUUUUAAUAGUUCUAAAAUGAGGUUGAUUUAUACUUUGUUGAAAUAGGAUAACAGUGGGAUGUAAAAAUGAGAGAAAUCUUCAAUUUCAAAAUUACAAAGUGUUUGAGAAAUGUCAAGGCUGCUGAUGUCUUAUGGUGACGAGCAAAAAUGGGCUCCCCAAUCCUCAAGAGUUAAACUUAUCUCCAAAGCAUUUAGUAUAUAAACAUUGUGCAAGAGUGACAUCAGCAUAAUACAACUCCUAAAAUUCAAUAUUCGUGCUAAUAAAAUCCCAGAAUUGAAGAGCAAUGACUACCUAUGAAGGUAACUUUUCACUGAAGAGCAAGAAGCUUUGGUGGUCAAGUCAUGG